AUGGCACCUUGUAAGGAGUGGAUGAAACAUUCCCGAAAUGAUCGUUUGAAUGUUGCAUAUGAAAUAGGUGUUGAAAACUUUUUAAGAUAUGCAUUUGAAAAGUCGGGAGAAAUAGAAAAGAUUAAAUGUCCUUGUGUAAAAUGCUCGAAUGCAUCAUUUCAAUCUCUAAAUAUGGUCAAAGAUCACUUAUUAACUUAUGGAAUCAUCGAGGGUUAUACAUUUUGUAUCACCGGGGAAAGAGUUGGGGAGGAUACCUUUGAAUCACAAUCUAGUGAAGAAGUAGGAGAUGAUGAGUUACUAGAUGAUGAUAACGAAAAUGAGAUGGAUACAAUACUUAGGGAUUUUUUUCCUAAUUGUAGUGGUUUUGCUGAAAAUGACUCCUCUAGUGAAUUACGGGUUGAAGAUCUGAAUGAGGACGCUAAGAAAUUCUUUAGAUUGUUUGAUGAUAUGCAAAAGCCAUUAUUUCAAGGUGCUAAGUCCUCAAGAUUGUCAACAAUUGUUAACUUGCUUCAUAUUAAAACUCUUGGGAGGUGGAGUAAUGACUCAUUUACUAUGUUAUUACAAUACUUGAAAGAUCAUUUGUUACCAAAAGACUCAACUCUUCCUACUUCCUAUUAUGAUGCAAAGAAGACCACUAAAGAUUUAGGGCUUUCAUAUAAAAAGAUUAAUGCUUGUGUUAACGAUUGUAUGUUGUUUUGGAAAGAUGAUGAACAAUUAGAAUAUUGCAAAAUUUGCAAUGCUUCUAGGUGGAAGCAAGGUAAGAAUAGUGGGGAAAUUAGAAUGAAGGAAUAUGGUAAAAGAAUACCUGAAAAGGUCCUCCGAUAUUUUCCGCUUAAGCCAAGACUUCAACGUUUGUUCAUGUGCUCUAAGACAGCUCAUCAUAUGAGAUGGCAUCAUGAAAGGUCUGUCAAAGAUGGGGUUAUUGAACUCCCCGCAGAUGGGAAAGCAUGGCAACAUUUUGAUGAGAAAUAUGCACCUUUUUCUUCUGAAUCUCGUAAUUUUAGGUUAGGGCUUAUAAGUGAUGGAUUUAAUCCCUUUUCUAAUGUUGCAAAACCGUAUAGUAUUUGGCCUGUGAUGCUAGUUCCAUACAAUUUGCCUCCUUCGAUGUGUAUGAAACCUUCUAGUAUGCUAUUAGCAAUGCUUAUACCUGGUCCAAAGGGUCCUUGCGAUGCUAUUGAUGUAUAUUUGCAGCCUUUGAUGGAAGAGCUUAAAGAGUUCUGGGAAGUUGGUGUUGAAACUUAUGAUGCAUCAAAAAAAGUAAUUUUCAAAAUGCGUGCGGCUUUGCUGUCAACUAUCAAUGAUUUUCCUGCUUAUGGAAUGUUAUCUGGAUGCAGUACUAAGGGGAAGAGAGCAUGUCCUUGUUGUCAUAAAUAA